GUUCUUCCAGUUUCUUGUUGUACUGAAACGCAACUGAACAUUUCAAAAUUUCGCGCCCAAAUUAGUUUGCAGUUACCUUUUGCAUUUUGUUCUCUACACGUACAGUUUAUUGUAUCUUUACAUCUUUGGUACCUGUUCAAUUUGUGUGAUUUAAAUCAAGGAAGGUUACUGUUUAGUUGUUCUUGUGUUGUUGGAUUGCGUUUACAAGAGCUACUUGUCCCCAUUUGCCACUUGGUAAACUUCAGUUCAAAUCUAUAGCUAUGAAACCGGAAACAAGAUGCGUCUUGCGCUUUGCUAAACUGACGGACCAGGCAUAUGCACCAACCAAGGGCUCCGAGAAAGCAGCAGGAUUCGAUCUGAAAAGUGCAUACGAGUACACGGUUCCUGCCCGAGGCAAACAGCUGGUGAUGACCGACAUUCAGGUACAGGUGCCGGAGGGAUGCUACGGUCGCGUUGCCCCUCGUUCCGGGCUGGCGGUGAAAAAUUUCAUCGAUGUCGGUGCCGGCGUUGUGGACGAAGACUAUCGAGGAAAUCUGGGCGUGGUUCUGUUCAAUCACUCCGACGUUGAGUUUAAGGUCGCACGCGGAGACCGUAUUGCGCAGUUUAUUUGUGAACGGAUCUUCUAUCCGGAGCUGGAGGAAGUCGGCAGUCUGACGGAAACGGAGCGCGGAAGUGGUGGUUUCGGUUCGACCGGGACGCAGUGAUCUAUGAUAGCGGGUAUCGGGGGAAUUUGGAUAUAGUUCUAAGAUUUAAUGUAUCUCAAUAAAAUGUUACUUUUAUAAA